UUCUGCAGGAUAAACCGAAGCGUCCCUGUCCUGCAGAAAUUUUUCAAUGGGGAAGACACCAAACCAGACAUUCGGCUGAGCAGGGAGGCCCUGGCAGUGCUGCUGGACCUCCUUCAACAAGAGCGAAGACACGGAUGGGGUGCCACAAUUGAGACCCUUGUUUUUUUGUUUUGGAUUGCCUGUGGGACAUUGUACAGGGUGGUCGCCAGAGCAUUUGCAAUGCCACGAUCAACUGUCCACCGCAUCGUCCACCGAGUCACUGAGGAGAUGGUGGCCAUUUGCCACAAGGUCAUCCACCUCCCGAAGACCCCAGAGGAGCUGGAGGCAGUGACUCGGGGAUUUGCAGGGCUGGCUCGACACAGAGUUGCUCCAGCAGCUUGCUGGAAAAUCGACGGCUGCCAUGUACACAUCAAGGCACCAAGCGGCCGUGAUGGUCAGUGCUACAGGAACAGGAAAGUGUUCCCAUCCAUUAUCCUGCAGGCCGUGUGUGACCAUCAGGGCCGCUUCAUUGACACCUAUGUGGGCUGGCCGGGGUCGGUCCACGACUCACGAGUGCUCCGGUAUAGCCCGCUGUAUAGGCAGUCAGUGUAUCCUCCUCCAGGGCACUUCAUUUUGGCUGACGGUGGGUACCCGUGCCUCCAACACCCACUCCCCCUCAUCACUCCCUACAAAAGGCCGGUACAAGGUGUGGGAGCUCAGCGUUUCAACAGGCAUCAUUCCAAGGCACGCUCCAUUGUAGAGCGUAGUCUCAUGCAUAUCCCAGCCAAUCACAGACAGAGUAGGGCGGUAUUGGCCAAUCACAGACAGUCUUCUGCUACCACCCUACAAAAAAAAAUUUGCGUCCCGCCAUUAUCUUCUUGA